UCUCUCUCUCUCUCUCUCCCCGUCUUCUCUGUUAUUUUAUUUUGGCUCCUUCUGAGCUCUGAUUCUCUUAAUUCUUAAAAAUGGUGAGGAGGGUUCAGUAACGAGAGAGGCUUUUAGCUUUCACGCCGAGGAAAGAUCAGAGGGUUUAUUUAUUUUGAAGUCAUUAUCGUCGCAAUGGAGGUUGGAGUCAGGUAAAAAAGGAGGAGUUUCUAAUUUCUGGUUUCUAUUCGAGGAAUUUCCAAUGCCAGCUCUUCAUCGCUGAAGAUUCCAACACUAUCGAAGUUUCUAUUUCGAUUUACAGAAUAGCAAAAUCGGAGAAGUUUCUUCGAAGGGUGUUUGAGAAGGUUAUAACUUCCAGAGAGAUCUGUUUCCCUUCCUGUUUGUUUUCCCCUGUUAUACGAUAACUCAGGGAAAUGAUAAGACUGGGCUUUUACUUUCUUUUCAUUCUGGGUUUCUUUCAUUGAAGAAGAAACCUUCAAAUCUUUUGGCUUUGAUUUGAGCUGCAGAGUUGCAGACAGAGGUCGCCAUUGGAGAAUCUUUGUUGUGCUCUUGUCGUCUACUCUUGACUCUUCUUUCCUUUUUGUGUCCACUGUUUUCCUCUGUUUCACGCUAAAUGAAGAGAAGUGGUAAAGAGGACACAAUCUCUCAGUCUCGGCUAUUUUGAGGGCAGAUGGACUCUGUCAAGCCGGCGGCGACUCCAAAUGUAGCCGGACUAAUGCGCAGUUUUGCUAAAGCACUUCGUUUUCGGGCUGGUGGGAUUGCGCCUGAUGAUGAAGUUAGGAAAUUGAAGUUGCGGGAGAAGGCCAAGAGUGGUCCGUUACCGUCAACUGGCCAUCGUUCUCAGUCUUUUGCAAAGGAAGAUGGAGAUGAAAAGCUUCGGAAGAGAGCAGCAAUGGAAGCUUUCCUUGCGAAGCUCUUUGCGAGCGUUUCGUCUUUGAAAGCAGCAUAUGCCCAGCUGCAGAUUGCUCAGUCUCCUUACGAUUCCAACGGGAUACAGACCGCGGAUGAGAUGGUGGUGUCUGAGCUGAUGCAUCUUUCUGAAUUGAAGCAGUGUUACUUGAAGAAGCAGAUUGAUCCUUCUUCUCAGGUUACGCUGUUGUUGGCGGAAAUUCAAGAGCAGCAGAGUCUGUUGAAGACGUAUGAAAUCAUGGGGAAGAAGUUUGAGUCGCAACUUAGGCUCAAGGARUCUGAGAUUACUUCUCUCAGAGAGAUAUUAGAAGAGUCUAAUAGACAAAAUAGAUUACUUGAGCAGAAAUUAAAUCCAAGUGGGCCUCUAUCUGGUCUAGACGAUCUCCACUUGUCGGGUUUGAAUCCAAGCCAUUUUAUUAUAGUUCUGAGACAUGCCAUUAAGUCACUUAAGAGCUUUGUCAAAUUAAUGGUUGAACAGAUGGUUUCAGCAGGGUGGCAUAUUGAUACCGCUGCCUCUUCAAUAGAACCUGAUAUUAUCUAUGGCAAACCAGAGCACAAGAGCUUUGCUUUUGAAUGCUUUGUUUGCAGAGAGAUGUUUGAUGGUUUCAAUAACCCCGAAUUUUCUCUUCCAAAUGAGCCUUUGCCCGAAAGGAAGCAACGGCGACGCCAUUUCUUUGACAGGUUCACAGAAUUGAAGUCCAUGAGAGUAAAGGAAUUUCUCUCCCAUAAGCCCAAUUCAACAUUUGGAAAGUUCUGCAGGGCCAAGUACUUAAGCCUCGUGCAUCCAAAGAUGGAAGCAUCCUUUUCUGGUGACCUGAACCAGAGAAGCAUAGUGAACUCUGGAGGAUACCCAGAAACAGCUUUUUUUGCAUCAUUUGCCGAGAUGGCAAAGCGGGUCUGGCUCCUGCAAUGCUUGUCCUUCUCAUUUGAGCCUGAAGUUUCCAUCUUUCAGGUGAGCAAAGGAUCCAGGUUCUCAGAGGUUUACAUGGAGAGUGUAAGCAAUGAUGCAUUCUUGUCAUCCAACAAUCUCCUCGUGGCUUUCACAGUCAUCCCCGGUUUCAAGAUUGGCAAAACUGUUAUACAGUGUCAGGUGUACCUAUCUCCAUCUCGAACUCAGGUGAACCACAGGCGGGCAAGCCGGUGAUGUCGCCGACCGACACCUGACGAAGGUGUAUCAGCAUUCUAGGAGCAUGGGUCCGGUCCACCCGUGAAGAUGGUCCAGAGGGGGUUAUAAUCUGGAACCUGGAGUUUAGAGAGGGAAGGCGAGUUCGGUUGCUCAGGUUGUGGAGAGUGGGGGCCCGACCUGGCUUUCUGUUGAACAAAAGAAAUCUGUUGCCAUUUGUGGGAGUGGACAUUAGUUUCUUAAUGCCCCUUUUGGAGAUUUCUGUUAACAGCCAAAAACCAGUGACAGAAAGAGUUUGCAACAAGAAGAAGACAGCGCUAUAGUUAAGUAAGAGCUUUUGUAUGUUUGCCUGUUCAAAACAUGUUUUUUUUUUCUUUUAAUUUUUUUUAUGUAUAUAUGCAUGUAAUUGGUGAAGAAAUCAUGGAAAAAUUUAAUAUAA